UUUUGUUUUCGAUUGAACUAGAGCAAAAGUAGAAACAUUUCUUUUUCUUGCAUUCAAUUUUUUAUUUAAACAAAUAAUUUUUCCAUGGCUUCAACAAAGAAAAAACGUGUUUCUAAAAAAACAAAAUCAUCCUGGCGCAAGCAUACAGAUAUCAAAGAUGUAGAAGAUUUCCUAGAAGAGCAAAGAACUGAAGAACGUAUCGGAAAAUUCUCCGAAAAAAAGGAUGAAGACCUUUUUCAGAUCGAUGUUUCCAGUACAGCUCCCAAAAAAAGACAAAUAUUAAGUGAGAAACAAAAGCGUAAAGCAAAUGCUUUGAAACCCCUGAGGAGUUUAGCUGCUUUGGAGAAUACAUCGAAAGUACAAGACCCUAUCGCAAAAAGAAAUCAUGUGAAACCCAAGAAAAAUGGUCGAAACAUUGAACAGGAAAUCCUCAAUCCCAAAACUCAAAAACAAAUCCAAGCAAACAAGGAUCGCUCAAAGUUCUAUGAAAAGCUGGAGAAGAAACUUUCAAAAAAGAAGGUGGCGAGAGAAUUUUCGCGUGACAUUUGGAAAGAGGAAGACGUUCGGGAGCGGGAACCAGCUCUGAAAGAUGAUACAUGGGUCAGUAAGGAUCUGGCGUUGUACACUCUCAAAAACAUAGGAAAGGGUACAAUUAAAGUUCAUGACAGCGUUAGGCAUAAAACAACAAAAGCAAAAAAAUUCGAACCUCCACACCCAGGAAUGAGUUACAAUCCCUCUUUGCAAGACCAUCAAGAUCUAAUUAACAAUGUGAUUAGCAAAGAAGAAGAAAUUAUCAAGGUUGAGAAACAUCUUAAGAGAGUCACAACAGACAUGUUCUCAAAGGUUACUCCAGAGCAACGCGACCAACUUCGUAUAAAGGAAAUGUCCUCAGGCUUAGGCGAGGAAUCUGACGAAGAGAAGGAUAAGAACGAAGACGGUGUGGAUGAAAAACCAUACCAGCCCAUAAAUUCACCCGUGGAAAACAAGAAAAAGAGCAAACAAGCCAGACGCAAGCAAAAGAAACAGAAAGUCCUCACAAAUGAACUGCGCAAAAAGAAGGAGUUGAAGAAGCAGGCUGCCGAUAUACACAGGAUUAAAAAACUUAAAUUGGAAGUCGAAGAAGAAGCAGAGCAACUUAAUGAAUUGAAAAAGCAUCGUAAGCUGGUUGCAAAAAAGAAGAAGUCAGAAACUAAACGUCUUGGUCGUUUAAAGUUCAAAGAGCCAGAAGUUGAUGUCCAGAUGCCCGAAGAAAUUGCUGGUAGCUUAAAAAAUGUCAAAGUAGAAUCUAGUCUUCUUGUGGAUCGCUUCAAGAAUUUCCAAAAGCGCAAUAUCCUUCCAGUAAGUGUGGACGUUGGAAAGAGGAAGCCAAGAAAGAUCAAGCGAUUCGCACGCAGUACACACAAAGAACCAGGUGUGUCUUUGUUCAAACAGAAAAAGUAACAUCGUUGAUGUUUGUUUUAUUUUUUUAUAUAAUGGAUUUUUUGUUUAUUUUCGAGAUAAUGAAUAAAAAUAUUUACUGUAGGA